AUGAAUAGAUGGGUACGCAAGGACUUACUUGGUUAUGGGACCUAUUCUAUGGUCUACCGCGGCUACGAUAUCAUGAACGGAGCCACUGUCGCCCUAAAAGUCAUCAAAUUAACUGAAGAGGAAGGUAUGCCCAAUACGGCCCUAAGAGAGAUAUCAUUAAUGAAGAAACUCUCCCAUCCUAAUAUCUUAACUCUUCUAGAUGUUGUGCAUACAGAGACUCAACUCACUAUCAUUUUAGAGUACAUUGAUACCGAUUUGCGCAAACUCUUAAAUUCACCAGCCGAAAUAGAUAAGACCGCUUUAAUUGCCCAACUCGUGGCUGGAGUCAAGUACUUACACGCCCAACAAAUUGUCCAUCGCGAUCUCAAGCCACAAAACAUUCUAGUCAAUAAGAACGGCCAACUUAAAAUUGCAGAUUUCGGUCUCGCUCGCAGUUUUGAAAUCAAAAUGCCCUCCUACUCCUCAGAAGUCGUUACUCUCUGGUACCGCUCACCAGAACUCUUACGCGGCUGUAAAAUCUAUGGGUACUCCAUUGACAUGUGGAGUCUAGGAUGUAUUGUUAGUGAAAUUAUCACUAGAACUCCUCUUUUUUCUGGAACAGAUAAGCAAGAUCAGCUUUUGAAAAUUUCAAAAUUUUUGGUUAUUUCCAAAUCUGAUCAAAUGGAAUUCUUUUUAAAAAUACAUACCGGUAUAUCUCCAACUUAUUCCGGACUGGUUUUUGAAUGUCUUCAAGAACAUCCUGAAAAAAGGAUUACAGCUGCCGAGGCAGUCGAAUACUUGGGACUAUCUUCAGAAUAA